AUGGAUAUUGCAUUCUUGCACGAUCCGGCCGUUCCAAUGCUGAAGGAAAAAGUGGCGCUACUGGAAAAAUCGCUGGCCGACGAGAAACGCCGCAACGAGGAUCUGCAAUUCAGCGUGGACGAGGUCACCUUCUGCGGCGAGGAGCUAAACGCUCAAACACAGGUGUACAAAGAAAAAAUUGCCGAAUUAGAAACUCAGCUAGCAGGAGGUGGCUCAGCGAAAAACAACGAAGCUACGCAACCGGGUGCGCUGGUGGGGGACAUCACUGCUUUAAAAACUGAACUGAAUGCUGAAAUUGACAAGCUAAAGGCGGAAAUUUUGGCCAAAGAUCAAAAGUUACAUCUCACGGAGGAACUGAAAAGAUCGCUCGAAAAUGAGAUCCAAAACCUGCACGAAAAAGUUGCCGAUGCGGAACGGUCGGCCGACAGCAAGGUGUCUGCUCUUACGAUCCGAGAGGAGUGUCUCAAGGAGCAGCUCAACUAUCUCGAGCACCGGGUGGACGAGCAAAGCGAUCAGCUGACGGCGAAGGAUGGCGAAUUGGAGCAACAGUACUUGGCGUUGAAAAAUGUCGAAAGCGAGCAGGACGAGCGCGUUGCAGCUUUGCAAGAAGAGCUACGCACCAAGAAGGAUCUUCUCACCGAGCGAGAGCAGGCUAUGCAGACGCUUGAGAAGACCGUAGAGGAUCUUCGGGCAGAAGCGCGUCAGCGAGACCUCAAGACUGUGGAAACUGAAGGCGACCUAAAAGUGACACUUCAGCAGAAAGAAUCACUCAUCGCUGGCCAAAAUCAAAAGCUUGAGCAGCUGGAGGCACAAUUCGCAUCGCUCACCACUUUAAAGGACCAACUUGAGCAGGAACUAACUGGAGUAAAGCAGAUCAUCACAGGUUUGGAAGCCGACAAGAGUGCAAAAGACAAAAUAGCGCAUGAAUUGGAAGUCAAACUGACCACAAAUGAGGCUUUACUACAAAAGGAAGCUACUCUGCGUCAGGAAACAGAAUCUGCGGUGCAAAAAUUGCAGCAAGAGCUGCAAGUUAACAUCAGUAGUGGGGAAAGCCUGGCUAAGCAACUGGCUGAAAAACAAGAAGAACUAACCAAUCAAUCUAAACAACUGCAUGAGGUAGAAUCGGAUAAGGGGAAGAUACAGAAAGAACUUGCCAUGUUGAAGGAGCAUUCCGAGCAAUCGCACUCUGAACAGGAAUCCAAAACGGCCACAUUACUUGCGCAGGCAGAUGCCCAACAGAAGAUGAUGGAGGAGCUGAAAAAGCAAUUGCAUGCGGCCGAACAUGAAAAUCUUGCCAAAGAUAAACAGCUCGAAGAGAAUGAGGUGUUGGUCGAUGCUUUGCAAAAGGAGUUGAAAGAACUGAACGUGGCCAAUACGAACCUGAACCAGGAACUAACGGUGUCAAAAGCUAACUUUGCGGACAAGGACGGGACUUUGGCAGGGAUGGUGCAGGAGAAAUCUGCUCUUCAGUCACAGCUAGAAGCAAGUAAAGCUGAAGGAGCAGCUAAGAUUCAGCAACUAGAAGACAACCUGCGGAAAUGUAAAGCAUCUUGGCAUGAAAAAAUGGAAUCAAUUCUCGCGUCUGCUCAGAAAGAAAUGCAAGAGAAAGAGGAAAACUUAGCUCAAAUUUUAAGCACUGGAGAAGAGCAGCAGAAACUGCUGACUGCCUGCCAACAGCAGUUGAAAGACGUGCAAGAUAAGCUUAAACAGACAGCGGUGAGCCUUGCAGCCAAGGAAGCAGAAGCACAAAAUUCCGAGCAGCAGAUAGCUACUCUUCGGUCGGAGAUCAAUUCGAAAGACGAGCAAGUUGUUACACUAAACGCUGCGCUUACGGAAGGUGUGACUAAACUGGGGGCUGGGGAUAAGAAGCUUGCAGAGGUUCAAGAACAACAUGGUAAACUCGAGAUCGAGCAUGCCGAUUUGCGCCGGAAAAUGGAGGCACUUGAGCAAAAGUCUGCCCAAGUGCUGCAGCAAAAGAUGGACUUGGAAAAGGAGCUUGACAUUCAACGCUCUAGUACGCUUGAUUCCAACUCUGAGCUGACGAAGCUCAACGAUGAGCUCAAAGCGAAACAACGUGCACUGGAUGAGCUGCGUGAUAGCUACGAUUCGCUGAAAAUCGAAUCAGAGCGUCGUGCCGAUGAGACUGCUCAAACCAACACGGGAUUGCAGGAGCAGGUAGAUCGGCUGCGGCAAGAGAUGCACCAGCUGUCGGAUCAAAAGAUUAUUCAAGAGAACGAGCUUAACACGGAGUUGCGCAAGAUUAAGGAGCUUUCUGAGCAGGAAAAGGAAAAUUUGGUACGUGAAAUUGCUGCUUUGCGUGCAAGCUUCGAGGAAGAACGCGUACGGCUGUCGAAUGAGCUUGCUGAGGCGAUAGCUAAACACGUGUCGCUCAGCGAACAGGAGUUGGAAACGAAAAAGCAGCACGAAAAAACGCUCGAAGAGCUGACGACAAACCUAAAGGAGGUGCAGUCGCAGCUGAAGCAAGUUUGCGAGCAGAACGAAGUCAAAACGCGUGAAGCUUUGGAGCGUGAAGAAGGAUUGCUGAAACAGUUGCAGGAAAGUCAAGCAGAAUCACACACACUGAAGCAGCAUUUGGAGGAACUUCGUAAGUCUAUGGAGCAAGGAAGCCAAGACUUGUCCUCGCAAAUCGGUCUAAAGACUCAGCGUAUCGUUGAGCUGGAAAAGGAACUUGCCGAUCAACAAGACUCGCUACAGAAACGAUCCACCGAGAUGGCCGAGAUGGUUGAUAAACUCCAGGAAAACAGCAAAACACAUGCAGAAAUGUUGCAGCAGCUACAAGAUUGUUAUAGUCAAAUUGAAACGUUGACAAAGGCAAAGCUGAAUUCGGAGGAAAAUUGUCAACAGAUGCAAAAGCGUAUUCAAGAUUUGAACAGUUCCUACAGCGAGAUGGAAGAGGAGCAGGUUGAUCUGGUCAGUCGAGAGGAAACACUGAAAAAAGAGUUGGUGCUGCUUCAAGAACAGCUGCUAAAUGCUUCUGAUGAACACAAGAAACAGCUCGAUACGCUCUCGAGUAAAAACGAGGAUCUAUCGAAGCAGUUGGAUGCAGUGUCUUCGGCUAGGCAGCUUGCAGAAACAGGUCUAAACACUUUGAACCAAGACAUUGAGUCCAAGUCAGCAGCAAUGGUCGCACUGCAAGCAAGGAUCGAUGAACUAAGUCCACUAUUGCAAACGAAAGCAGACUUGGAGGGUCGCAUCCAAACGCUUGAACAAUCGGUUUCAGCCAAAGAUUCUUCAAUUUCCGAGCUCAAAAGCUCGCUAGAGGAAUAUAAGACACAAACUGCGUCGAAAGGCGAAGCAAUCGUUUCGAAAGAAGAUGAGAUCAGGCAGCUAAGAGAACGCGAGGUUAAACGGGAUUCGCAGCUCAAGGAACUUCGGCAACAGUUGGAAGCCGCGCAAAGAAACCUAAGCGAAAGUGCUGAGCGUGGUAAUCGUGCGUCGAGCGAAGUAAAUGAGCUAAAGGGAUCGCUGGAUAAGUCCCGUGCCACCCAGAAGGAACAGGAUGAACGGUUGAAGGAACAACUGCGCCGCGUCAGCGAGUUGGAGACGAAACUGGCAGCACAAACGACCCAGUUUGACGAGUUGCUCGAUCGAAAGAAGACUUCUGAGACCGAGUAUUCGCAUCGUACGCACGAGCUAUCCCAGAAGCUGCUGGAACUGGAGAGUGCCAAAAAGCAAGAAAUUCAGGAGCUGCAGCAACGGUUAUCCGAGAUAGUACAGAAACUCGAAACGCAGGUCUCUGAAACGACGCAAACCGCUACAAGCAAACGUGACGCGGAAAGACGGCAACUCGAACUGGAAUGCGCAAAGAAAGAUUUGGAGCUACGAGAAACCGAACUGCAGCUAGCCAACCGGCGGCUGGAAAAGGAAAACGAACACGUUCGUGCGCAGAUGGUGGCCAAGGAUGCUGAACUAGCAAAGCUGGCUAAGGCGGCCAACUCUGCGGCAACGGCAGCAAAUAGCUCACUGACGGGCAGGAUCACCAGUGAAACCAAGGAGGAUGAUUCCGGCGCUCAGAUAGAUUUCCUCAACUCGAUCAUAGUCGACAUGCAACGGAAAAACGAAAAGUUGACGCUGCGGAUACAAGCUCUCGAGUCGACCAGUGCGGACAGCCAAAACAUGAGCUUCGAGAUACAGAAGCGCAAACCGGCGCCACGUGUGUUCUGCGAUAUCUGCGAUGAGUUCGACCAGCAUGAAACCGAGGACUGCCCGAAGCAGUCCUCCGACAGUCCACCGGAAAUGCUCAAACAUCCCGCGGAUGGCAAGGAGCGUAAGGUACCGCCUCCUAGAAAAUAUUGCGAAAGUUGCGAAGUUUUUGGGCACGAAAUCGGUGAAUGUCCUGAUGAUGAGACGUACUAA